UCAUCAUUCUAACCUUCAGGAAGCCAAGAUUAAGAUACUUAAGUAACUUGUUGACAAACUACGAGGCACUUCCCACGAAGCAGCUUCGCCUUACAUUAUUAAAAAAAAAUUGGCACGAAAUUAUGAUAACAUUCGAUUACUGGUUCGAUUUCGCGCCCACGAAGUCUUUUCAACGCUUUCUUCCGACGUUGCUUGUCCGGACGGAAAAGGAGAUGUUUAUGUCCAUUUCAUAGUUCUCUGCGGAACACCUUUGUGAGCGUUAAGAAAUAACGUAUUUCUUGGCAGAGUCGAAAAGACAAGCCAAACCCUGAGCUGCAACACUUAGAGAAUUGUUCAUGCAGCGGGAAAUAUUGAAUAUAAGCGAAGCUGGCUUGAGCGCGUUGAUUCGGACGCGAACCGUUCGAUGUGGUCGCUGAGGGACUGGGUCACAAUAGUGUAUUUGCUUAACAUUGCCUUUGGAACAUAAUUGAAGAACUGGGCUUAUAAACGACGUCCUGUCGGCAUUUGACAAUCAUUUUAAUUACUAGGCCUGCUGCUAAGUCGCUAUACCGUCCGUAACGCCAUAUCGUUAUACAUGCAAAAUCGUAACCUAGCUAGUUAGCUAAAAAACUAGUCUAGCUAGGAUGAAAUCCUGUUGGUACCAUGUCCUGACGACGCCCCGUCCUCUAAUGCGGUUCGAAAUUUUGGAGGCGUUCUUUACGCAGCGCGAAAACUGACAUCCCUGUAGAUGGGUUUUGGUUAGGAGUUUCAUGAGGCGCCUAUAUUGAAAAAUCGUCGACAACAAGCAUUUUACAACGAACAAAGAACAAAAAAAAACAGUGAACAUGGCUUUUGUUGCAAAACGCUACGCGGAUUUACUUCGCAGGCAUCCAUGGAAGACCCAGUUGACAACUUCCGGUGCCCUGAUGACCACGUCGGAUCUAAUAUGUCAGAAUGUCAUCGAGAAAGAGAAACCAUAUGAUCCUGUAAGAACAGCUCGUUAUUUUAUUCUUGGUACCUGCUGGGUCGGACCCAUCAUCCGAAAAUGGUAUAUAUUCUUGGACAAGAAAUUUCCAGGGCAGACUAAAAUGGAGGCUUGCAAAAAGGUAGCUGUUGAUCAACUGAUUUUCGCGCCACCCUACCUGCACGGCGUUUUAGCGUUCCUCUCUGCCCUUGAGGGGAAAAAUGUCAACACAAUAGUCACUCGACUUCGUGAAGAGGGUUACAAAAUCGUCAAAGCUGCCUGGUGCUAUUGGCCGGUUUCUCAACUGCUAAACUUCUAUUUCAUCCCAUUGCAGUACCGAUUUCUCUAUUCGAGUGUAAUCGCAGUCUGCUGGAACGUCUACUUUUCGUGGAGGGCAAACUCGUGCGAUCCAGAGAUCAUGUUAUUCCCCGAAUAACGACGACGGCGGCAUCAACUACAGAUACCGUGGUAUUGUUAUCUGCCAUGACAGAUAUCGAAGCCAAACACCGAUUUUGUCACUUGUCUCGUGGUCCGAUUGUUGUUACAUUUUGUACAGACACUUGUCAGACAUUAUCGCCUGCGCAAUUAUGAUACCGGUACUGGUGCUGUGGCUAUCCAUGUCGUAAACUUAUACGCAACGCAAUAGUCGAUAACGUAAGUUGACGCGUUCGACAGCAACAGGCUAUUCAUUAUGUUUUGCCCGUCUGGACAUUUCGUAGUGUCAAACAGAGCCUGCACCGUCAUGAUGUCACGUCACUAAGUCAAAAAAAGGAGGAGUUCUACAACCUAACCGUUUUCCCCUUCAAAAGAUAAGAAAAAUGUAUAUACGGUAGGUCCCUAUUGUAUAUACGUUAAUGUAAUGUCACGGCCUCAGUAUGUAGCGACGUAACGCGUUCCGUAUCUGAACUGUAUAUAUUUGUUACUUGGAGUGACAUAUUAAGCCCAGGACGCGCGUAAUACUUUCAUUAACCAAUGAAUAGUUAUUGUUAAUUAGUCUAUUCACAUAUUAUUUAUAAACUAAGGGUUUCGAUAGUAUAUUGGCUUGCUAUAUAUAUAUAUAUAUAUAUAUAUAUAUAUAUAUAUAUAUAUAUAUAUAUAUAUAUAGCAAGACUCAGUUGAUUUUAAACCUAGCUAUCAAUUUACAAUAAAGAAACCUUGUUUGACAAAGUAGCCCCGGCUUGUAAUGAUCUGCUGUGUCGACAGAAGCGGAACAAACGUAUACGUUUUGCGCAAUUCCGCCGUCGGAAUUGGUAGAUAUAAAGCAGAUAUAGGUUUCGUAAAACAGAUGUCAACCAGAUGUCAAUGUAGGGGGAAAACAUUUCAGUAAGACGAGAGGAGUAGCUACAAUGAAGAGGAGAUGAAUGGAACACAUCUAAUGGAUAAGGCCUAUGCGAAAGGUAUAGGCUACUAGCCUUGUUAGCAGGUUGUUAUCAGCCAACGAUGAGAAUGUUGUUGGUUGAUGUU